AAUGUUUUGUCAUUGUUUUGUAUAUAUUUAAAACGUUUAUAUUUUUAUGUAUUUGACAUUGAGGUUAACAAGUUUAUUUUUGCUGUUUUAUUUUUGAAGGUCUGUACUACACACUUUAAAAAAGCAGAAUGGGUGACCAAUCAAACAACAACUCUUUUACUAAUUUCCAGUUAAUUGGAUUCACAGACCUUAAAGGGUACCGGCCUCUACUCUUCAUUCCUUUUUGCAUAAUCUUAAUCUAUACAUUAUUUGCUAAUGGCAUUUUGAUUAUUGUCAUUGUAAAACAUAGAAAAUUGCAUGCUCCCAUGUAUAUUUUAAUUGGACUGAUUGCAGCUUUGGGGAUUUUUGUGCCCAUUUACUUUAUUCCAAGGAUGUUGGUCGGUUUUUUGUUGGACUGGAAUACAAUUACACGACAUGAAUGCCUAAUACAAAUGUUUUGUAUGCAUUUUUCUGGUUGUUUUCAGUCCACCAUAUUGCUUGGGAUGGCUGUGGACCGAUAUUUUGCUAUUAUUUAUCCUUUACGUUACAAUGAUUUUGUAAAUAUGACAAACUCACUUAUUUUCUCUGCAGUUCUUAGCAUUCGGAACGCACUUUGCAUUAUUGCCAUGGUUGGUCUAGUUGUGCCACUUACUUUUUGUAGAACAAAUAUGAUUUACCACAGUUUCUGUGAGCAUACAUCUGUUGUCAAUCUAGCUUGUAAUGAUAUUUCUAAAAACUAUUUAGCUCUUACAGUAGCUUUUGGUCUAACAUCUGCUGAUUGUUUUGUGAUAUUCUGCUCUUAUGUCAUCAUUUUUGUAGUUAUAUUUCGCUCUCCUUCUGGUGAAUCCCGCCACAAAGCCAUCCAUACAUGCACCACACACAUAAUGACCAUAGUAAUAGCCUAUAUUAGUGUUACUGCUGCAUUUGUUGGGUAUAGAGUAGCUACAAUACCCCGAGAUAUCCGUAUCUUAACAAGCACAAUGUAUCACCUUGUUCCUGCAAUAUGUAACCCUAUUAUUUAUGGUCUCAGAACCACAGAAAUUAGAACUCAAAUUGUGAAUCUUUUUAAAUUUAAUAAAGUUACUACAUAUUGAUUGUCAAAUACA